AGUGACAUUGACACGUGGUCAAAGGCACCGCGUAGAUGAGCGAUGGCCGAUGGAAAGGGACGAGUAGGCGACUUGUUUCCGUCGUUCUGCUCCGACUGUCACAUGAUCAUGUCAUUUAGUUCUGGUUUCAUGCUUCUGACUGUUUACCACUCACGACGAGGGCACAGCCGACAUGUCACUUCGUGGCUGGAGCGCUAAUUUGCCCUCCUCACUUUCUCCUCCUUGGAAUCGGAACCCUCCGGGGUUGAUGGGCCCGGUCGUCGGCAUGUCUCCAGAUAAGAAAGCAGGGUCACCAGGGUCGCAGGGCGGGGCGUGCGGAGCGGGCACGCUGCCCGAGGCCGAGAGCGCCUCCAGCCCGCUGGCCACCAGCCUGGACCGCCUGGGCCGCGCCGGGACGGGGGGCGCCGGGACGGAGGGCGAGACCACGGAGGACGAGGAGCUGACCAACCUCAACUGGCUCCACGAGAACCUGCUCCAGAACUUCAGCCUGGGAGGCCCCGAGGACAUCGAGGGCUCGCCGGACGAACACCCCCUCUCCUCUUCCUCCUCCUCGUCCAUCUCUUCCUCUCUCUCGGGGGGCCAAGCCGCAGAGAGGGACCCCCUCAAGUCCAAGCCGCCCUUCUCUUUCUCCUUGCUCAUCUUCAUGGCGAUCGAGCAGUCGCCCAGCAAGUCUCUCCCGGUGAAGGACAUUUACAGCUGGAUCCUGCAGCACUUCCCCUACUUCUCCAGCGCUCCCACCGGCUGGAAGAACUCGGUGCGCCACAACCUUUCCCUCAACAAGUGCUUCCGCAAGGUGGAGCGCAGCCUGGGCAAGCGGUGCUGCCUCCCUCUCCAGACCAAUGGGAAAGGCUCUCUCUGGUGUGUGGACCCUGAGUUCCGGCCAACCCUGGCACAGGCCCUGAGGAAGCAGCACUUUCCAAACACACACGCCUUCUACACCCCCCCUGCCUCCCCACCCAGUGCCUCCUCUCCACCGCAUCACCUGCUGCUGAUGGAACAGGGCAGUGCUCUGAGAGAGUCUGAUUUUGAUGCAGCCACGGCCAUGAUGCUGUUAAAGUCUGCCUCUGAGCAGCACUCGGAUCCAUAUGAUCAGGAGGGUCCCAUUGACCUGUCUCGGCGGGGGGAGGUGGUUCUGGUGAGCCGGGACCCCCAGCAGGACCAUAACUACAGCAGCAGUCCCCCGCCUCCCCUCUCCCGGGACGUCCCCUCCGCCCGCCGGGCCCAGGCUCCCGGCCCCGUGGGCGGCAAGCGCGUGCGUUUGAGGCACGCCGACUUGGACGAGGAGCUGAAGGAGGCCGCCGGCUCGCUGCUGCACCUGGCGGGCGUGCGGCCCAGCCUUCAGGUGCCCAAGCAGCGUGGCCGCAAGAGCAGGAAAAUCAGCAGGAAGUGACGGCUGCGCCCCGCCGCCGCCGGCCGCCGGCCUUUGACCUUUUGUCCCACCCGUGCAGGACCCCUGUCUCAGCCUGUGACGCGACCCGCAGUCUCUCCCCCCCCCCUCCCCCUUUGGUUCCAGCGAAGCCUUCCCUGCCUUCAGUCUGCCAUCCCCCCCCACCACACAUGGCAAUAUGGACUCUCACAGGAGUUGGAAGCCAUAUGAUGACUUCGCUUUGUUUUUAUCACAAAACGAAACGGGAGGGAGGGGAAAAAAAAAAAGCUAGUUAAGAGUUAAUAUCACAUGACAUUUUUCUUAACUGGAUUUGUGAGAAGAAAAAAAAAAAAGUAAUCCCUUAAAGGACAGUUGCAUGCUUCCAUCUUGAGAAAACGAACAUGAGCGCAUGGAUUUCAAUCAACUUUUUAGGAGUUUUUGUGGUCCUUCUUAAUUGUGAACAUGGAGAACAGUGAAAGUGCCAUUGAUUUUUAAUUAUUAAGACUGGUUCAGAUGCAAUAAUUCAUUGAUUCAGACAUACCUGUAGUUCUUUAUUUUUGUAUCUUUUGUCUUGGUGAUUGUGAUGUCAUGAACUUGUGACUUUGUGAUUGGCUGGGCACCCUGAGAUUGGCAGAACUCCUAGAGAGUGCUGAGAGAGAGGGGAAGUGACUGUUUAGGGGAAGCACUCCUCUUCCUGCGCCAUUAUUCUGCAGAAUAAAUCAAACGUUCAGCUCCAAAAAACGCCUGAAUGGAGCACAACUGAGGGAGGACGUGAAAGGAGAAACCAGUUUGAAGACCAGGUCCUACAUAUCUGCCAUCAGACCCAGGGACUCCGAUGAUACAUCCUCACUCUGUGCUCACGGGUCUCCUCUGCUUCCAUAACAUCAUUCAGCAGUCUGCUGUGACCAACAGACUGAGACCACAGGUAAUACCUCUUGCAGUCAGAAGAGUGCUGGACCUCCAGGUUGUGGACUGACUGUUCAUGUGUGUGUUGAAAUGGUAUUCUGAUGUCUGGGAGGAAUCCAGAAACAAUGUGAAGGAGAAAAGCAAGGCAUCACUCCCAACCAAAAGGACGGGAAGAGCCUGUGUUUUCUGUACAGGCCCCCCCCCCCCCCCUCGAGAUUGCUGUUUUGGUUUCUUCCACAGAGAAACGCGUGUGGCAUAGCCAAAGUGUAGGUGCCGUCAGAUGUGCCAGAUCCUGCCACUCAUGGUUUUGGGCCGUGCUGGUGAAAGCCUCUCUGUUGGUCCAAGGUUCAGGCAACCCCCUCUGGAUUAUACGGGAAAGCCAUUGCCAGUCCUUGAUGCGGAGCGCAGCAGCAGCAGCAGCAGCCCCCUCAGUAUACUGUCCCCCUCAGCCAUCCCCUCAUUCUAACCCAUUUACUGCCAGGAAUGACUCUUUGCUGUGAGUAGUGAUAAAGCCCUGUGGAGCAUGUGCCCUGAACUGCUACUGGGAGAAGCGGAUAACGAGGAACGAUCAGCAUCACGCUCGGUGUUGCGUGAGGAAGAUGGAAGGUAAGGGGAGGUGCCGUACUGGAACAGUGAAAUGUUUUCCAUCGUCUGGCAGCAGCUUCUGGACUGUGGGGGCGUCGUGGCCGUGCCGACUGCCCCCUUCGUCACGUACGUGCUGAGCUCCAAAGCAGCUGGGUGGGUUUAAGCAAUAUAGAACCAGUUCUGUCUGCGCGGCAGACAUCCACCCGGCCUGCGUCUGCGCAGAUCGAGGGAUGGGCGGUAAGAAGAGCCACGGAGCACCUGCCUCGAUGUUCACUCCCCCCCCUCACUCAGUCACACAGGAAAAUAGUGAUAAGUUACUGAAUCUGCCUGAAAUUCUUUGAGGAAGGGUAUAUAGAAACUACAUAAGCCUGUCAUAACAAUGGUGUAGUGGCAGCUGACACGGGUCGAAAGACUCGAGAAAAGAUGACUGGCAGACAUGUGGAUGAAGGAUCAUUGCUAAGCUCUCUUGCAUGUCUGUUUCUGUCCAGUGCUAAGUAUUGUCACCAGAAUGAAUGUAUCACACAUCUGUCAGGUAUUAUGCAGGUAUUAUGCAGUUGUAGCACCUUUUUAUAGCCUUCCUCAAAGAAGACAUGGGUAUUUAAUCUCAUUACAAAUGAAGAUCCAAGCAUAUUGUUAUUCUGUUGUUAAUAAUUAUUAUUAUGUAAUGUUCUACUAACUAAGAGCUGCCAAACCACUAUAAUUUUGCCUGUCUGCCAUGUCUGACUGACCUACCUGACCCUUUGGUUUUUGUAUGCUAACCUUUGUUCAUAAAAUGUUUAUAAAGUUUAUUUUUGCCAAAGAUAUGCAAUUGCAUUAUAUAUGGUAUUACAAAUAAAAAAAUAAUUGUUAUACUAGA